ACCCAACGUAUUAACCGUUGUUUUCUGGUUGGCUCAUGGGGAAGACAUUGAAGUCUCGUUCGAUUUAGCUUCAUGUCAUUUCGCCGAGGGCUCGAUCGCUUAUUCUUAUGGGUUCUAAAUUUGUUUACCGUUUCGAGACGGUGAAGAUAGGGAGGAACAUGCAUUUAUUGGCGAAUUCGACAACGAUAAAUACUGUGCAGGUCAGAUACAAUAGUGUCUUUCUAAAGUAGGGUGUUCUUUCUCAUCAGCAUUUUCUAAAUCUCUCUAAUGCUAUUAGGGCGAUCCUAUCAUUCAAGGGACACAAUGUUAAAAAAACUGCUUCCUUAUAUAUACCCCGGGGAAAGCCAAACACUUUAAGGUCAGACUCUACUGUUGCGGAACAGAUACCGAACUUGAAAGAAUAGAUUACCCUGGUAAGUUCCUCUCAUCCGGGAUGUGACUACCAGCAAACUCCACAAUGCUAAUAGAUUAAGGUGUUAAGCUAGUCGGCCAGAUCCGCUCUGUGAUUCCUGCGGACUUCAAUUACGGUGUUAAUAGCGAGUCGAGGUAUAACCCUCGUGUGAAAAAGAUGGUCUAUCAGUUCUACCUCCAGGUUCAUACUAUCUUUGGUGAUAGAGGGGCAAAUCUGAAAUUCAGAGUAGCUGUUGGCGGGAGGCUAAUAUCGGAUGCUACAAUCAAUUUUUCAAGGUACUGAUAUGCUGCCACCGAUUUCGUCUCAUAACGGGCAUGGGUAGAUAGAUAUUGGUUGAUGUCAGCAGUAUUUUUCAGGUAGUCUUAAGGUAUGGGGGAAAGGGAAACAACUGGAAGUGAGUUGGGUGCGAUUCUGAAGGAAAAUACUAUCAUGAAAUGUUAUUCUCCCUUGUAACCCUAAUUAGAUUUACCUAAUCUUUACUGACUGACCUUCCC